AAAAAAACCCACUGCAUCAUUUUCUCAAUCCGUCUCACUUCCUCUCCCCCCACAACAAAACAAACCUACUCAACUCACUUAUUGUUACCUAGAACAACUCUACUUACGACCUUUUCGUACCUUAAAGAAUAUUAUUCAACUAUUACUCUCACAUUUCUCUUCCAUACUGACGUUUCUCUCCUAUAACAAGAGAACUUUGACCCAGUCGGCGAUCUGAGCAAACGAGCUCCCGAGUAAAAAAAUAAAAAAAGAACCCACUUCCUCACCCACCAACCAGAUUCGCUGAGCACACGACCAAACCAUACUUCUCAUCAUGCCUUCUACCGCUGUGCAGAACCCUCCCGUCCAGACGGAAUCUAAGUCUGCAAAGAAGAAGAAGGCCAAGGCCGAACGAACCGAGUCUCCUGCGCCCUCUGCCCUGUCUGUUGCCGACAAGCCUGCUUCUGUUGCCGGUCAAGAAGGUCAGGAAGAGAGCUCCGAGAGCCCUUAUAUCCGCGAACUUCAGAAGAAUAUUCGCAACAUCAACAAGAAGAUCGCCAACGCCUCCAAGACCGACGCUCUAAUCGACCAACACAAAGACAAGUCUCUUGACGAGCUUGUCAAUGCUAAGAUCAUCAACGCCGACCAACGCGCCCAGCGCCUUAAGAAGCCCCACCUAGAAUCCCAGCUUGCCCAAAUCGAGGAGCAGCUCGCCCAAUACAAGAAGGUCGACGAAGAGUACCGAACUCGCGCUGCUACCGAGAAAGCUACUUUGGAAAAGACUCUUACCGAGAAGUACGAGAAGGAGAAAGCAGAUGCGAUUCGUGAGCUUAAGGAGCAAGCCGCCGCCGAUGCCAAGAAAAUCCAGCACGAUAGCUUACUGACCUUGUCGCAAUUCCUUCGACUAGCUGCGGCUCGAAGAACAGAAGAACAUGAUCCUGGUCUAGACGAGAAUAUGGCCUUGGAGGGUGUUCUUCUGAACGUUUACUCUGGUGAUGAGAAUGCUGUCUCUACCAUGAUCAAGCUUAUUGACGGAUCAGAGGAGAAGACGGUCAGCGUCUCCGGAGAGGAACUCCAAACUACUUUUGACCAAGUCAGGGUAGCAUCUGCGGCCCACGUGAGCCUGUAUGCUGCAGGUGAGGAUGCUCUCGAGUCCACCGAGACGUCUGUCGAGACUACGACAGUCAACGGAACCGACCCUACCGUCGCUCACGCUGGUCUUACCGAGAUUGAUACCACUGGUGCUACUGCUCAGUUGACUAAUGGCCAUACCGAAUCCACACCGGUGUCAGGUGCUCCCGAGAAUUCUGGUGUCACCGAUAGCGCUGCCAACGCUGCGGCUGAGUCUCAGUGGGACGCUAGCAACGACUUGAGUGCCUCUAAUUCCCAGGAGGACUGGGUUAAGAUCCCGCGAAACCCUGCGGAAACCGAGAAUGGUCUUACAGCUACCCCAGCCGCCAACGGCAAUACUCAGUCCUGGGCUGAUGACCAGCCUGAGAACCCUCCUGAGACCCAGACCCAGCCCCAGUCUCAAUCUCAGACCCAAGCUCAGACUACUACCCGUACCCCCACAGAGGCGAACGACGGAUUCCACCAGGUUCAGCGUAACCGACCCCGUGGCGACCGUGAAGGUGGAUGGAGAGGUGGUCGUGGACGAGGUGACUACCGAGGUGGCUACCGAGGACACGGACAUGGUGAAGGACGUGGACGUGGCCGAGGUGGUCGAGGCCGUGGUGGUGCAGGAAACCGUGGCGGACGACCUCGCACUGAGGAAUCGUAGAGGAUUCGAUCCCGUGCCUCUAUCCGUCGAUCUUUUUGUCGCAUUUCUCGGGAUCGACUUUUGGCUCAACAGCCUUGGCGCUGAUCUGCCUUGUUUACUUAAUCCCCACUGGAACUUAGACCCUUCUCGUCUGGUUACAUAAGGGAGAAAGAUGACGGUAUGACGGCACUAUCAGGAUGUCGGGCGUGCCUGCGCGCACGUGUGUAUUCACGAGAGGGGUUUGUAAACCAAAGCAAAAAAAGGCAUUUUGGCGGGUUUGCGUUGACAUGCAUUCGGAUUAGCCUUUUUCUAUCGGUUUUGAUUUUGUUUCUUCACUUUUUUUCUUCUGGACGGCAGGGGAAUGAGGGUUUGCGGCCAUCACGAACUAGGCGUCGGCAUAUUUUUUAUUUUCUCACUCUUCGUCUCUUGCAAAAGGCAGGCGGGUAGAGAGAGCUUGCUUUUGGUAGGAGGGGAAAAUAAAAGGGACGGACGGAUGGAUUCCAGGUUUUUUGCCUCCCUUGUCUGUACAUCAAAACCACAACACUAAAAGUCGUAGCAUUUACGAAACGCGUGCACAAAAAGUCGGCUUAGGGUAAAUCGGUAAUGACAAUGAGAAUCAUGAGGAUAUGACGCGCGAAUGUGUGUUUUAUGGUGUUUAUGUGAUGUUGUAUAUGUGAUUAUGAAUAUGAAGUUUGGGUAUUGUAGAUAUAUGUCUGCUUUAUAUACUUAUAUACCUAGA